AUACUAUAUUCAUAUUUACAUCAUUGCAUGCCCUACUGAGCUUUUCUCUACCUACCUCUUUCCAAAACGGCUCUUAUAAAAGCCACGAAAUGUUUUAACAAACAAAGCACGUACAAAAUUCAAUAUACAAUAUUUCUCUCAAUUAAAAACGUUCUUUUUGAAUAGUAAGAAUAACAAAAAUAAUAAUUUUAACAAUGGUGUCGGCAGCUCAAAGAGUUGAGAGUUUAUCAAGCAGUGGGAUUCAAUCCAUCCCAAAAGAGUAUGUGAGACCAGAAGACGAGUUAAAGAACAUAGGCAAUGUUUUCGAGGAGGAGAAGAAAGAUGAAGGGCCUCAAGUACCUACUAUUGAUUUAAAGGGCAUAAACUCUGAUGAGCCUGGUGUGAGGGAGAAAUGCCGAGAGGAGUUGAAGAGGGCUGCGGCCGAGUGGGGAGUGAUGCAUCUCGUCAACCAUGGCAUCUCAGAUGAGCUCAUCGACCGGGUUAAGAAAGCCGGCCAGACCUUCUUCAGUCUCCCCGUUGAAGAGAAGGAAAAGUAUGCUAACGACCAGGCCUCUACCAACAUCCAGGGCUAUGGUAGCAAACUUGCUAAUAAUGCUAGUGGCCAGCUCGAGUGGCAAGACUACUUCUUUCAUCUUGUUUUUCCAGAGGAUAAGCGUGACUUGUCCAUAUGGCCCAAGAUACCCACUGAUUAUAUUGAGGCAACAAGUGAGUAUGCAAGGCUACUAAGAGGGCUAACAACCACUAUAUUGUCAGUAUUAUCCCUAGGUUUGGGAUUGGAAGAAGAUAGGCUAGAGAGGGAAGUGGGAGGCUUAGAAGAGCUUCUCCUUCAAAUGAAGAUCAACUACUACCCAAAAUGCCCUCAGCCAGAGCUGGCCUUAGGUGUCGAAGCCCACACCGAUGUCAGUGCCCUCACUUUCCUCCUCCACAACAUGGUCCCAGGGUUGCAACUAUUCUACCAAGGGAAUUGGGUGACAGCCAAGUGUGUCCCCAACUCCAUCAUCAUGCACAUUGGUGACACUGUUGAGAUUUUGAGCAAUGGCAAGUACAAGAGCAUCCUUCAUAGGAGUUUGGUUAACGAGGAAAAGGUUAGGGUUUCAUGGGCUGUUUUCUGUGAGCCACCUAAGGAAAAGAUCAUCCUUAAGCCUCUUUCGGAAGUUGUCUCUGAGGCUGAGCCACCACUCUUCCCUCCACGUACUUUUGCUCAACAUAUUGAGCACAAGUUGUUUAGGAAGACUCAAGAACUUAAUGGUUCAAAAUAAAUUAUAUAAUCAUAACAAAUUCAUCAUUAAUAUGUUCAAGGACAGUUGAGUCUUGGUACUACUUUUAUUAAUUCAAAUGUAUUUUUAUAGUGUCAUGUUUUUUCUCUGCUUCAUGCCCUAGCUAAUUAAAGAGGCCUUAUUUUUAAAAUAAGUGUCUGUUUGUUACUUGUAUCUAGGGCUUUGAAUAAUAAAUUUAUUGGGUUUGAUGUUUUUA